AUGGCACGAACACUCUCAAGCUCUGGAGAAUCUGGUGCUGCCGCCCUGCGGGGUCAAACACCCUCUCCUUCCCCACGAACCGCAUCGACCUCCCUCCAAGCAGCUGCGGCUGUAAACGCUGGACUACAACAAGAAGAUUCCAGACGUCUAGGUUCUUCGAGCGGCUCCAUUACAAGGAAUCGACAACCAUCCCAUGCUGGCAGAAGACGAUCCACAGUCUUGAUGAACUUGCAACUCAACGAUCCCUCCCUACCUGCGCCAGGUGAAAUGGUCCACGAACCCCACGUCUCAGGUUAUCGAACAUCCAGUCCACAUUCUCUCACAGGCUCGCCGAUCAUUUCUAGUGGAGAUCCUCACCACUUUCGUGCUCCGAGUCUGGGAGAAAUACAUCAGGAAAUAGAGCAGGAGCAAGAGGCGCAAGUUAACCGACUCUUACAAAUGAUCCGCACCCAACAGCAGGAGCUUCAGCAACUACAACUUGCUCGGGGCGCUGAUCCAAGCCACUCGACACCACCUGUAAUCGACGAGUCCACACCAACUUCAGAACGCUCAAUGUCCUUCUCCAAUCAAAACCCUCGUCAUUCAACCAUGUCCACUCCUCGCUCUCCAUCCGCAGCCCUCCAUCCACGCAGCUCAUUUGAUCUUGCUCGAGCAGACCUCCAACAUAGACGAUCAAGAACACCUAGCAGGACAGCAUCACCAAGAUUGAGAUCAACUUCAAUCAGCGGCGAAGGUGGUGAGACUUGGAAUCUUGGUGGUCGUGACGAGAGCGCCUUCUAUCAAGCAGAGACUCAGAUGAUGAUUAGAGAGAAUCAGAUGUUGAGACAGAGGAUCAGAGAAUUGGAGCGCCAAGUCAGCGAACUUCAUACCAACUCAGCAAUCACCAAUGAACCUGCCACGCCUUCUCACCUCCUCCGCUCUCAAUCCGUUUCUGAAGAAGCACCACCCGAGAUCUCAGCUGCUACAAGUACAGCGCCGGCUCCAACUUCUGCAAAUCCCACAGCUGCAGAGGAAGUCAAAAAUGACUGA